AUGGAAAGGAUGACUGAACUUCGGUUGCUCAAAAUUUUCUUGGGUUCUGAAGUUGUUUCUGGUGAAGAGGAUUACAAAGUGUACGUUUCUAGUGAUUUUGAAUUUCCUUCAUGGGAUUUAUGCUAUCUCUAUUGGCAUGGGUACUUUUUGAAUUCUUUACCAUCAAAUUUUGAGGCUGAGAAACUUGUGGAACUCAACAUGCCAUACAGCAACAUAACAAAUUUUGGGGAAGGGAAUAUGGUUCAGUUUUCCAAACUAACAGCCGUCAUUCUCAGUCACUCUAAAAACCUCAUAAAAGUCUCAAACUUUUCCAGCACCCCAAAUUUGGAGAAACUAAUUCUUGAAGGUUGUAUAAGAUUGCGCGAGAUUGACCCAUCUAUUGGAGAUCUGAGAAGGCUUAGUUUGUUAGAUUUGAAAGAGUGCAAGUCACUGGGUAGUCUUCCAGACAGCAUCUGCAACUUGAAAUCUCUUAAAACUCUUUAUCUUAGUGGCUGUUCAGAACUCAACUGUUUGCCCGAAGACUUGGGAAACAUGCAACAUCUAACUGAGCUUUAUGCAAAUAGAACAGCUACAGGAGCGCCCCCUCCUGUAAUUGGUCGUUUAAGAGAACUUCAAAUACUAUCCUUUAGUGGAUGUACAGGAGGAAGAGCUUACCCAUCAUUGUUUUCUUUAUCAGGUUUAUCCCUCUUGAGGGCAUUAGAUCUAAGUGAUUGUUAUUGGUGGGAUGCAAAAAUACCCGAUGAUUUUUGGGGCUUAUAUUCAUUGGAAAAGUUAAAUCUGAGUGGAAACCGUUUUACUAUGGUGCCACGGAGAAUCACAGAUUCAAAGCUAAAAGUUCUUGUGUUGGGGCGUUGCAAGAGGCUCAAAGAAAUUCCGGAAUUUCCACGAAGUCUAGAAGAACUAGAUGCACACGAAUGCGUAUCCCUGCAAACUUCCUUGGCUUCAUCAAGUGAUGUUGUGGAAGGGGCCUCACGGAUGUCGCUGCACAAAACUAUAUUAAAGAGGAUUCAGGACCACGCUCCAAAGAGUGAGUUCUGUAUUCUUAUUCCUGGAGAUGGAAUUCCUGAAUGGUUUGAACAUCAGGAAAUGGGAUCUUCACUAACAAUGGAGCUGCCUUCAGAUUGGUACGACCGUGACAACUUCCUGGGAUUUUAUGUAUGCUUUGUCUUUGCUUUCAUGGAUCAACUGCCUCAGAUCCACGACGAGAUAUUAUGUCAGUUGAACAAUUUUUCAUUUUUCUAUCCCUACUGGGACAAGUGGAGUGGUGAGCAUUCAUCAAAGGGUCCCCACAUGUGGUUGGCAUAUCAACCACGCUCUGGAAUCGAUAUUUGCCACCCAGAGGCAUGGAAUAGCAUUCGGGCUUCCUUUGAACUGUCUGGUGUGACUGAUGCGUGGUCGAUAAAGUGUGGCAUUGAUCUUAUCUACAAAUGA